AUGGUCACGCAGCAUGCAGGCCCGCCUCUUUACACACUCGAUGGCGAUAAUGGCACGGUGGCCUCAGCUCCACGCGGCCACACUCCUCCGCACCUCGUCACCCGGAACAUCAACCACCUCGAUAUGAACAACACGUCCCCUGUCUCAACCCCCCAAUCUCUGACCCAAUACUCUCCUUUCAGUCCUCCAGGAUCUACCAGCCAGCACUCGAGCAUUGCCACGCGAUCUCCGCCUCGCAAUGAGAAUCCAUAUCACCACUCACCUACCUCUACUUCACCAUCGCACAAGCAGAUGUCAUUUGCGAGAUCGCCGCCACCUAGGGCCUCCCCAUCUCCGAUUGGGCCAGAUGACGGGAACCCAGGGUGGCCUUUGCCCAUGGCUGACACACCCCAAAGUACUCACACGCUCCCGCGAAUGAGGACAGCGCGACCUGGCUUGCAAAUAUCGAUGUCGACGACCUCCCUCCGCAGCAGACACCGCUCCCCUCAUCAAGAUCAUAAUUCCGCCGAAAUGAGCUAUGGCAAUCGCCCACUACCGCGAUUUCCCCCCCGCGUUACUCCCGACCUCCAGUAUAGUGACCCGCUACGCUCCAGCCAGAAUUCUGGCAAAACAUCCUUCUCGAGCUUCGAGCGAAUGAGUGGCACGGAGCGCAGUAGUGUUUUGACAAAGAGCAGCUCCAUGACAGACAUUUUUCCAGAUAAUCCCAAUGGCCAAUUGGAUGACGAGGACAUGACUGUGGAGGAUGCUAUAGGAAUGUAUCUCGAUGAUAUCAUUGAUGUUCCGGAAGAGACUUCUACCAUACAAACAACGAUGCGCACAAGCGAUCUUGGUGUGAUUGUCGAAGCCGUCUCUUCUCCCACUAAGCAGUCUUCCGUCGACUCGAUCUCGGACGAGCGUGAGAACUCGGCAGGUACCACGUCAACUCACAUCGAGGAAAACAACUUACCACAGAGACCUUCCCUCGACAAAAACGCAAUUCCCGAAGUUGAAGCGCUACAGGAUCAAAAAUCUGAGGGGAAUGAUAAGACGGAACCCCCACAUUCUCAAGAAAUCUCGAAUUCAGACAAGCCCGCGAGUGUCGAUCCAAGCAAAACUUCACCCAAAGACGUACACUCUCAGAAGAAUCUCUCCAUUGAUACCUCAAUAGCCAAGAAAUCUCUUGCUGACACGCCCGACCAACCAAUUCCUAGUCCUCGCUACUCCACUAUAGUACGGGUCUCAGGUAUCGUGCCGCCGCCGUUUCUUCCCGGUACUGAUGGUCGAGAUCGAUAUGGUUUCCGCAAGGCGUCCCAUCAGAUAUCCCUCGAUCAAUUUGAAUCUUGGAAUAAACUGUACUCUGGAUUCGCCGAAGGUCGCCGUAUAAAAUGGAUCAGGUUGCUAGAAACAUCGGGUCUUCCCACCGAAUCUCCAGUCACAUUUCCCCCGAAGACUAAUGUGAUCAAGCGAUACGUGCGUAAAGGUAUCCCAAGCGAAUAUCGAGGUGCAGCUUGGUUCUACUAUGCAGGUGGCUAUGGCCACAUGCAUCCUCAUCCUGGACAUUACAACGAGUUGGUACGCCAGGCUAUGUCGACACCUAAUAACGGGGAUAAAGAACAUAUCGAACGCGAUCUAUAUCGCACUUUCCCUGACAAUAUUCACUUCAAACCCGACAUGCCGAGUGAUAUGACUGGUACUAAUAGUCAAUAUGUGGUCGUGGAAACGCAAAUGAUUCGCUCGCUCCGAAGGGUACUUUAUGCUUUUGCACUUCAUAAUCCUCGUAUUGGAUACACGCAGUCGCUAAAUUUCAUUGCCGGACUUUUGCUCCUGUUCCUGCCUGAGGAGAAGACUUUCUGGAUGCUUCAUGUCAUUACAUCGGAACUGCUACCUGCGACGCAUGAGGUCAGCCUGGAGGGUGCAAACGUCGAUAUGUGGAUCCUUAUGGUUUUGCUCAGAGAGCACCUGCCCCAUGUUUAUACGAAGAUUGUGAGCACCAAUCCAACGACAUCAAAAGUCAAGGCUCCAGCAUUAACGGUCAAUACACGCUUGCCUGACAUUACACUUGGUCUCACCAAUUGGCUUAUGUCGGUGUUUAUUGGAAGUUUGCCGUUGGAAACAACACUCCGUGUCUGGGACUGUUUUUUCUAUGAAGGAUCUAAAACAUUUUUCCGAGUCGCCUUGGGCAUUUUCAAGGCUGGGGAACGGGAGAUCCUAUCAGUAUCAGAUCCAAUGGAGGUUUUCCAAAUUGUUCAGACAAUUCCAAAAAAGCUUCUUGACGCCAAUGCCUUGCUGGAUGAGAGUAUGAGUAGAAAAUAUCGUGUGGGUCAAGGUCGUAUUGACGCGUUGCGCGCAGAACGAAGGGAAGCUGUUAGACAGGAGAAGACACGACUGUCGCUCAUGGCUGGCAAGGCAAUGGGAUUCGGUCGACCAUCAACCCGUAGUGGGGGCAAAAGCCCUCUUCCACGACUGGACGGAUGGCGGGCAAUGAAGAACACCUUCAACUGA